GCCAUGUUAAAGUUACAGUCAAGUACGGAGCCUGAGAUUGUCUUCUGACGCCGUAUGUCUAUUUUUCCCCGCUUUUCUCCUUUCGUCCGUGUCAGGGGCCCCUGGUAAAACACUAUUGAUAGACAGAAACCGGAGUGUCCACGAUGAACUCCAGUUUCGAUCUGUCCAGACGAAAUCCGCAAGAUGAUUUUGAGCUUAUCCAGAGGAUAGGCAGCGGGACCUACGGGGAUGUCUACAAGGCCCGUAAUGUCACUACAGGAGAACUGGCUGCCAUCAAGGUCAUCAAACUGGAACCAGGCGAGGACUUCGCAGUGGUUCAGCAGGAAAUAAUCAUGAUGAAAGACUGCAAGCACUCUAACAUUGUGGCGUAUUUCGGUAGUUACUUAAGGAGGGAUAAAUUAUGGAUAUGUAUGGAAUACUGUGGGGGAGGUUCACUGCAAGACAUUUAUCACGUUACUGGUCCACUAACAGAAUCGCAAAUAGCAUAUGUAACAAGAGAAACCCUUCAGGGUUUAUAUUACCUGCACAACAAAGGAAAGAUGCAUCGAGACAUAAAGGGGGCCAAUAUUUUAUUGACGGACAACGGUUAUGUCAAGCUAGCUGAUUUUGGUGUAUCGGCACAGAUCACGGCCACACUAGCUAAAAGGAAAUCUUUCAUUGGGACUCCUUAUUGGAUGGCCCCAGAGGUGGCGGCCGUGGAGAGGAAAGGAGGCUACAAUCACCUGUGUGACAUCUGGGCUGUUGGCAUCACUGCCAUUGAACUAGCCGAACUACAGCCUCCCAUGUUUGACCUUCAUCCGAUGAGAGCUCUGUUUUUGAUGACGAAAAGCAACUUUCAACCCCCCAAAUUAAAAGACAAAGUUAAAUGGACUAAUAAUUGCCACAAUUUUGUGAAAUUGGCAUUGACGAAAAAUCCAAAGAAAAGGCCUCCAGCUGACAAGUUAUUGCAGCAUCCCUUUGUGUCCCAACCGUUGAGUCGUACAUUGGCGAUAGAGCUCCUUGAUAAGGCCAACAACCCCGACCACUCGUCCUACACAGACCUUGAUGAUGAUGAUCCAGAUCCUGAGCCUCCAGUGUCUGUUCCACAUCGGAUUCGUUCAGCGAGCCGUAACAGCCGGGAAGGAAAGACUCUGUCAGAGAUUAACUUCGGUCUGGUGAAGUUUGAUCCUCCUUUAACAACAGAGACGAAACCUCAUCAUGAGCCGCCCGACACUGACGAUUUUUUGGACUGUGCCGAAGAAAUAUACUACACUGCAAGAUCUAAUCUGGAGCUUCAGAUGGAUUAUGGACCGGAAUCACCUAAAGGCUCCAUCCUGGGAGGAAAUAAGAGUCUCUUGAAAUCUGUUGAAGAAGAGUUACACCAGAGGGGGCAUGAGGCUCAUUUGGAGGAUGAUGAUGAGGGUGAAGAUGAUGAUCAUGGUCAUGAUGAUGAAAUGCAACACACGAAAAAUUCCACCAUGAGGCCUAAGUUCCCUCCACCACUUCCUCCCAAGCCAAAGUCCAGCCCCGGACCAUAUCGAUGCCCGACUGGUGAUCCUGACACCAACCAGGGCACUAUAAAGCAUUGCUCAAGGACGGAGAGCCCGGCUCGAUCUUCCACCAACGUACCUCCCCGACCUCCACCUCCUCGACUUUCUACAAACAAGCUCAGCAGUUUAGGCAAUGGAGUUAGCCCAUCUGAACACUCACCAUCAGAAGAGAGAGAGUGCACAAUGCCACCUGCUGUUCCCACUGCAAAGGACAAGAAAGAUUUUCCGAAACCCAUCAGUAAUGGUCUCCCUCCAACUCCAAAGGUUCAUAUGGGAGCAUGCUUCUCGAAAGUCUUCAAUGGCUGCCCAUUAAAAAUACAUUGUGCUACCUCAUGGAUCAACCCAGACACAAGAGACCAAUAUCUGAUAUUUGGAGCAGAGGAAGGUAUUUACACAUUAAAUCUGAAUGAGCUCCACGAGACGUCCAUGGAGCAGCUUUUCCCUCGGAGAUGUACUUGGCUGUAUGUCAUGAGCAACAGCCUGCUAACAAUAUCCGGAAAAGCAUCUCAUCUGUAUUCUCACAGUCUUUCGGGCUUGUUUGAUCACGCUCGACACAUGCAGAAGCUCCCUGUCGCCAUAGCGACGCAUAAAUUCCCUGACAAGAUAAUCCCCAGGAAAUUCACUGUGUCCAAUAAGAUCCCUGAAACAAAAGGGUGUCAAAAGUGCUGUGUAGUGAGGAAUCCGUACACUGGUCACAAGUAUCUGUGCGGUGCCUUUCAGUCCAGUGUUAUCCUGUUUGAGUGGGUAGAGUCCAUGCAGAAAUUCAUGUUGGUCAAGAGCAUAGACUUCCCUCUGCCGUGUCCGCUGGAAGUGUUUGAGAUGCUAGUGGUUCCAGAGCAUCAAUAUCCGCUCAUCUGUAUAGCUGCGAGUGAAGGCACAGAGCUCAACCAGGUGGUGCGCUUUGAGACGCUCAACCCAAACUCUACCUCCAACUGGUUCACUGAUUCUGAUACCCCACAGAGUUGCGUGAUCCAUGUGACCCAGCUGGAGAGAGAUACAAUUUUAGUCUGCCUAGACCGAUGCAUAAAGAUUGUGAAUUUGCAAGGACGCUUGAAAUCCAGUCGAAAGCUGUCGGCAGAACUCACUUUUAAUUUCCAGAUUGAAGCAAUAGUUUGUCUACAAGACAGUGUUUUGGCCUUCUGGAGGCAUGGCAUGCAAGGACGCAGCUUCAAGUCCAAUGAGAUUACACAAGAGAUUUCUGACAACUCCAGAAUAUUCCGGCUGCUGGGUUCAGACAGAGUCGUGGUUUUGGAGAGUCGGCCAACAGACAAUCCUACAGCACACAGCAAUCUGUACAUCCUCGCAGGACACGAAAACAGCUACUGAAUGUGAUGCAUCUUGGGUAAAAACAUGGCAUGCCGGAAUGCAUUGUUUGAAAAGGCCCGACAACAACUGACCACCCGUCUGAAGAGCCACAAAUUGGCUGUUGUUGGACCACGGAGAGCGCGGUGCAAGACUUGAAUGGCUAUUAAGAUUUCAGAGUAUAAUGUUCAUAACUGGGACAACAGACGGGCAGUAAGCGCACAAUAUACUACAGUAUGCACUUUCACCCCUUGCUCUUUUAGAGGCCUCACUUUAGUUUGGCUUCUGGCAGUCAUUUUAAUGGUUUGAAUUUAUUUUUACAUGAAACGCAUACAUACACAGUCAUCGCUCAAAGAGUUUUGUUGUUUGUUUUUAGCCAGUACACUCACAGACGCUAACCAAUCAAGUGCUUGAAGACGCGUAUUUAAUUCAUGUACAUACAGACACAUAGUAUUGUUAAGUUGUACUCUUUGUAUUGGUUGUGCAGGUGUCAUAUUGUAUGUUGUACAGGUUCGUGGCAGCGUAGGCUGCUGUAAAGGACUGUGAGAUAAACAAUGAGAGAAUGGGUACUACUUCAAAUGACCUCUAGAGACAGAUAUUUUUGUUGUUGUUGUUGUUGUUAUAUGCAAUGGUUUAGGAAUAAUAAAGCUAAAGUGCCCAUCUUUCCAAGACUUGCCUUUUUAACAUUUGUUAUUUUUAGUUGAUUUGUUUGGUUAAUUUUUUUUAUAUACAAUUUGUAUUGAGCGUAAUUGUUUUUAACACUUCAAAUUUGCACAAUGUUAUUAAAAUAUGGAUGUGUAUAUGUAAGUGUAUAUUGAAAACCAUGCAGAUAGUGACAUUUAUAAAUAUAUAUACUCAUGCAAUUUCUGUAAAUCUGUGUACAAGUAUAACUCUAAGAAGCAAUAAAUCAUUAAGAUGUUUUUAAUCAUUCGGACUGAACGGGAGUUCACAAGCUUGUUGUGAGAAUGAGAUCGCUGUCUGUCUGUCUGUCUGUACGUCAUUUGAGUGCUGUAGACACGAUUUACAAGACGAUGUUGGAAUAUUGAUCAUUGCUGCAAGCCUUCAAUAACAUAGACGGGCAUUUCAUCACUGUUUGAGAGUAAAGGAAAUUCCAUCGUUAGAAAACAAAACCAUAUUCCGUGAGUUUCUUUUAUUGUUGUUGUUGUUGUUUAUCAGUGAUUGACAAGAUAAUACAAUUACAGAAUUCAUUUUCUUUUCUGUUUGUGUCCAUGUAUAUAUAUUGUAAAAUAAAAUCACUUGGUUUUAC